UAGAGUGCAAUUUGGGAGUACAUAAUAAUAAUUAAGAGAAUAUAUUCUCAAAAUUUUUACUUUAAAUUACUCCUAUUUCGAGAGAAUAUUGUUGUUGCAAGUUAUUUUUUAACUAUGUCACUACAAUGCACCCGAGUAACUGUAAAAAUAGAUCGUUGAAGGUUUAACGAAUUUAGAUUACGAAAUACCGGCAAUUUCGUCAUCUAAAUUACGUGCUCGUUUCCAUACUCGAUGCCAGUACUUUUCUUUAAACGUCGAUUAUCGCGUUAUUUAACAAUUAUAUUCGCAGUUGUAAUGUUAAGUUGUACCCGUGGCAAUUAUAAUACAUCUGACUCACAUGCACGUUGCAGUAAAGUUUUUAGAAGAGACUUUUUUUCCGAUUUUCGAUUGCCACGAGGGGUUCGCUUUCAACUUCUUUGGCGCGACCGUGAAUUUCCGCGCGAGGAGAGAAAAAAAAGAGAAAUGCGUGUGUGCGUUCGACAAGAGAGAGAGAGAAGGUGGGGCAAGGGGAGCGUGCAUCGCGUGCGAAAAGUAAUUUCUCCCUUUUUCGUGUGUUCUGUUACUGUAAAUGCGGAGCGAAAGACACUCGAUGCACAGUGCGUACGAGGAAAAAUCGAUGAGAAUCGAUAGGAGACUUCUGACGAAAAAAAAAGAAAAAAAACCACCAUGUAAAACGGUUGACAUGUAGCGCACGAAGCCUCGCAAUUAUUACCUUCCCUCUCGCGAGCGCGAGCGUCUCUUCGCUCCCCCCUAUGUAUUAUUUGCAUCGCGAGACUUUGUUCAACUUCAUCGACCAAAACUGCUAAAGUAUACCGUUGGCUGUUUAAUACUUAAUUGCCCUUCUUUCAACUCUCCCCCCUUCUCCCCCCUUUUCAACCGCAAUUAUUACUGCAGUGCAUGUCGCGCGAAUGCAAGGGAGGAGGAUGCCGUUCAUCUGAAUAAUUUUAAAUGCGACUGAAACGCGAGAUGUUCCGGCGAAUCACUUGUCGAACUUUCGGAAAAGUCCUCGAGUCUCGUGGAUAGCGCGAUACAAGAAAGAUGCGUUCGCACGAUCGGCACCUGACCGUCGCGCUGAAGCCGCGGAAGAGGAAGCUCUGGUCGAGGGACAAGCCCGAUCAAUCGCUCGCACCUGGAGCCCGUUGGCCCAGGGUCAUGAUAUCCCGCGAAAUGCCGCGCGGCGAGUCCAACGAUGCCGAGAGGAGCUUGUCCCGAUUCGGCGGAUGUUCCACGGUCAUCGAUACGAAUGACCCCAACGUCAUCGCCUGCGACAUCGACGAGCUCUUCUGUGAGAACAGCGACGCCAGCAACGAAGAGAGGACGGCCUGCCCGCGGAUUUCCAGCUCGACGGAGCUCGAAGAGGACGAGGUGUGUGCCACGUGCAAGGACUGUGCGGAGUGUCAGCUGCGGCAGAAGGAUAGCGCCGCCGCCGUCGCCGUCGCGAAGAUACGCAAGCCCGAACGGGGUCUGAUGAGCGGCCAGGACGAAGAACUGGCGGUACACCUGGAUUAUUACGAGGAUGACGUCGGCGGCGUGAAGACGGCCUCCACAUCGAGCACGGCCACCUCGAUAGAGCACGAGAAAGCUCCAAUUUUCGUGGACCUGACCAGCGAGGAGUCGAAGCAAUCUACCUGGAAGCAGACAAUCUUGAAACGACUCAGUGACGCCGAAGAAAGCUCGGAGAUGUCGGAACCUCGCAUCAUGAUAGCCGACAGUUCCAGCAGAUUGCAACGCGGCACGGGCAGCCUGGCGACCGCAUUGAGGGAUCGUGGUCCUUGCGUGAUCCCUGUGCAGCCUAAUCGCUCCCUGCCGAUUCGACCAGCGCCGCCGACACCGACGAGGUCGGCGACAUCGAUAGUGACGCUGCGGAAGACGCGCUCGCCGAUCCUCAAGCUGUCGAAAUCCGUGAACCUGGACUUGGUGGAGUUGCAAUCUCCGAGCGGCUCGUUGACAAACGAGCUGAGCGAAUUCCCUUUCGGGCAGCAGGAUGGGAACGGAGACGGAAUGAUGCUUACGGGCGAGCUCAUCGAUCGCUCGGACUACAUUCUUCCAGACAUGAGUAAUGUCGUGCAGAUUACGAAAGAGGUCAACAGUGUUAAAAGAAAAAACAGCGAGGAUCGGGACAGAGACUACGAGAAGGAAAUGAUCAAGGAUGCGAAGAAACGGAGGAAAUCCCACGAAGUCGACGCCGGUCAUGUGCGCGACGAGCGCGUCAAGAAUAUCUUGAAGGAGUACUCCAGAACUUGUUCCGGCAAUUUGGUCGACAAAGGUGAAAGAAAAUUGCAGCAGCACGUGGUGGUGAGGCUGUGGGAUGACAAGAGAUACGCGUCACCGGUCGUAGUGUCGACGACGGAGCCGGAGGCGGAAAAGAAGGACAUCUGCAACAAAGUCGUGCCGCCUUUAAGACUGAAGAAAGUUGUGCGCGAAGCGAGCACCGUCGACGAAUAUCGACGUAACGUCGAGGUAAACACCGAGGGGAACGAGUCCAACUAUCGCAUUGUCACCGGCGCCACGCCACGUCCGGAGUCUCCGUCCGGAUACUCCGCUAUCUCUUUCUGGAGCAACGUGGCAGCCUCGGAGAAGGAGCUCGAAUCGACGACGUGCAACGCGCGGGAUAAGUACCGGCGAUCCUCGCCGAAGAGCGACGGCUACAAGAUCAAGUACCGUCGCAACCGGUUGCGCCAGAAGCUGCGGGAGCUGCGCGGCAAGGCGCUAGAGCUCUCGCGGGAGAUGACCGCGUGCAACAACGCCGCCGACACGAGCCCGCAGCGUAGUACCCGGCUGCGGCAGAUGAUGAACUGCUACGAGAAGCAGAUCGAGAACAUCUCGAAGCUGCUGUGCAAACUGUCCGCCUCCAUUCCGCCGACGACCGACGAGGUCGUCGUCGAUCUCGAUUAUGAGAACGAGCUGGACGAGUGCGCGUCAAUCGAGAAAACGUCCGUUGAUAGCGACGACGCGCAAGUAAAUGGAAUAUCAAGAAGCAGCGUUUCUCCGUCCCCUUCUCCGGAACCGCCGAAAUUGUCGCCGCGCUCUCCUAUCGACUACGAGAAAGGCAAAUCGCCCGAUGCAGCGAGAAACACUCCGCCGGUGCUACCCAGGGUUUACAUCGCGAUCCAACCGACCGCACUCGAGUGCCUGAAGCAAAAUCUAACUGUCGCCAAAAGCUGGCACAAAAACGACAGCUCGCCGAGCUCGCCGACCGAGAAGGAAGUCAAGGUGAAUGAUACGGAUCAAACGAUAAUACGCGACGACGUGACAGCGGCGACAGUGAUAUCCCCGGUUUCAUCCUCCGAGUUCGAAGAUCCGAGAAACAGUACUGUGGAAUGGGAUGGAGAGGAAGCUUCGCCGAAACUGAAGAGUUCGGAAAUCGAGGAGAAAAUGCCGGAGGACACUAAAACGUUUGGCGAUAUCAAGGAGCCUCGGCAAGCAACACCGACGAUACCUUCGGACAGUUUUCUAGGCUCGACGAUGGACGUCGAGAUAGAUGGAAGCGACGUGAGGGACACGAAGGAAAGGACCGUCACUCAAGGACAUCUCGACGAAGUGACACAGGCUUCGGAGACUGUCGCGAGCAAGCAAGUCGCCUGCGAGAAGCAAGAGCUGGAACAGAAAUCAAACGAGGCUGUACCGUCGAAUCCGUCGAUCGUGAAUGAAACUAAGGCAACGGAAUACGGGACUUACAAUUCGGAAGAAAGGAUCAAUAGCAAGAAUAGGAUAGUCACGAGCACAGUCACGGCUGCACAGGAAGCGCCCACGAUGAUCGGCCGACCGCAAGUACCCGCCGCCAAUGUAACUAAUAUCCUGCAACUGCAGUCGAAUUAUUACGGCUCGUCUGUCGCGCGCGAAAACGUUGUCUUCACGGACGUCAUGCAAAAUUCGAGGGAUGUGCAAAAGGUGACGUCAAGUAUGAGUCAAUCUGCAGCCCUGGGUCCAGCAAUGCCUUUGGAAUUCACUCAACCCAGGUCCGCCGUCAGUAGCUCAAACCAACAAUGUAUCGUGCUGCCUAAUAGCUGCAACAAGGCCACCAAGGAGAAGACCAAUCAGCGGAACGACGGAAACCGCAUCAUGACGGAGCAAUUUCCUACGCUGGGCAAUUGGGUGGCGCGAAUGUCGAAGAAACAGGCUACCAAAUCGAAAUCAAAGUUGCAAUCUGGGAUAAGCUUACCAACCGCGUCAACGGCGGAGGCCGCUCGCGUUCCCAGUCUGGAGGCGCAAAAGAUACGUUCGAGCGCACCGAGUAACGCGACUCGGAACAACAUAGUCAACGUGGCGCCGCAAUGGAACACGGAAAGGUGGCAGCGUCAGCAACACCAGCAGCGUCAGCAGCAAUUGUACGCAGCGGCAUCGUCGGCUCCAGUGAGACCGGGCAUCUGUCCACCUAUCUCGGUUACCCAGUUCUAUCCAUCUAAUUAUGCGAUCGAUCCUUACGGUGGCGCGGCUUUUGGCUACCACUCAGCGAUAUGCCCCUACGGCGAUUACCCCUAUCACUCUCGCCUGCACGCAGCCGGCGCACCGCCUAUAAGCGGCUACCAAAUAGGUCCCUUGCAAGAUCCGCACGCGUCUUCGCUUCGCCAGAUGCAGCAUCUCGACAAGCGUUACCCCGCGCAUCUGCAGGACACGGCGUCUCGUCAUUUCACCACGGAUCUCCUCAAGUAUUCCGGCACGUUAUCCGCGGGUGGCUAUCAGCACGCUGCCGCCGCCGCCGCCGCCGCCGCCGGCUUAGAUUACGAUCGUCUGAGGACGGCGACGGCCGCCACGCAAAACGGCACCGCGUCAGGUUGCCUGCCGCCCCUGCUGUUACCGCCUCCCCCGCCGUUAGCGGCUCCAGCGCAGCAGUCUUUGGCACGCACUUCCCUGGCCAGCUAUCCCGCGAGCAACGGCCAGUGCGGCAGGAACAGGAUGAUCCCGGACGUCGUGGCUGCGGCGGCGGCUGCUGCGGUGGUCGCGGCGGCCUCCUUUGGCCGACAGCGCGGUACGUUACCGUCGUACGGGAGAACGGACCCGGAGAUGGUGUCCGGUGGCAUCGGCGGCGUCAUGGAUAACGAGUCCUCGCAACUGAUGGCGGCGAACAGAGUGGCGAAUCGCGAACACUUGCCGCAGGAGCAGGUACAACCCGUCGGCACCGUCGCUGGCGUCAAUGUGGACUCGCGACUGAACAACGGCGGUUACCGUCAACUGCAGAACUUACUGGACCGAUUACCUUACGUGAAGGCGGACGACGCUUAUUCCCAGUCGUCGACAGCGAUCUUCGACGACAACGCGCAGGAGCCGGCGGUGGUAUCCACGUCGACGUACAAGUCCAACAGCGCGUUGACCAAGGAACCCGCGCGGAAAGGGAGUCGCAAUUGCGAGACGCCACACCUGGGUAAGGUGACUCGCACCCUGGAGACCACGAGCACUUUGGAGUGCUCCAAUUGCGGCCUCACCGGCUCCAUGUUCAAGUGCCUAGGCUGCGAGACGGCCUUCUACUGCGACGAGAGGUGCCAAACUCGUCACUGGAACAUUCACGUGGAGAAAUGUCCCAAGAGGAUGCCUAAGCUAAAGAAACUUGUCUGAGAAUUAUCGUAGAAACGGUAGACCGUAGACAAAUUAAUGUCUGUAAAGAAAUUAACGAGCUCACUGGAUGACCAAAAAAAGAAGAACGAUCGAGAAAAAUCAACGGCAUGCGAAAUGUGUUACUGUUUUGAUAUUUAUAUAUUUUCAAUAAUUUAUGUAUCUCUAGUCAAUGUAUUAUAAAUGAUGGCGAAUGCGAGUUCUGUGUCUCGUAUAUCGGAUUUACACCGAGAAUGUGAUAAAGUGUGCCUGGUCGUAAGAUAAACGCUUACUGUAAUUUUAUGGUACUUCGUUCACAGUCUGACGUUCUGCUUUGUAAAUUAUGAACUGCGAAAUACAAAGAGUUCAGCGCACCUCGCAUUAUAUCUUACUAUUGUGCGGUAAAUGGCGUAUGUAUUGUGCAAUAGCUAUAAUACGGAAAGUAUAAGCUCAUCGGUAUAUUACAUGUUGUAAUGUAACGAAUGUUACGAACGUGCUACCUCUCAUGUACCUUACGGUCAUAAGCCAUUAACAGUAUAGUCAUAAUUUGACUGCAAUCUUGUUUUAUUAAGACUCCUGGUUUUUCAUUGCGCGAUCACAUUGGAUUAUAACAUUAGGAAACCGUGAAUGAGUUCUUUUCACAAAUUACGUGAAAAAUUUAUACAAUCUCUCGAUUAUCGACAUAAUGCUCCAACAUGAUUGCAAUGAGGAACUGUACUGCAAACCUGCGAAACACAAUUUUAAUUAUUAAUAGAAAAAUGUGUGUCUAAAAACGGCUAGUAAAAUAUGAUCGUUUUUACAAAUAUGUAUUUAGGAGUCGCAUAUCUGUAAGAAAUAAUGCUUACUGUAUAUUCGUUCCAAUGCUUCUUAAUUGUUACAUAAUCAUAAUCAUCUUUUUUUAUACUUUUAUAACAGUUUGU